AUAACAUUUUAGUUAGCCUACUUCCCACAUGCGCGGUUGUUUACCCCUACAAACCUGCUCAUGAACUAGACUAGACGUUGUUGAUGGCCCUAGAAGGCUCAACAGUCAAGCUAUUCCCCAUUCUAAACAUUUUGAUGAAGGCGUCGACAUGCUGCGGGGCAAAACUAUUAUCUUGACCGGGGCAAACAGUGGCAUUGGAAAAGCCACGGCCGCGGAGAUGCUGCGGUGUCAGGGCCGAGUGAUCAUGGCAUGUAGGAACCGAGAACGGGCGGAGAAAGCAGCACAAGAGAUCCAGCAGGAGGCCGGACCAGAGCAAGGGGAACUAGUGAUCAAAUUCUUGGACCUGGCGUCGCUUAAAUCUGUCCGUAGUUUUUGCGAAGAGAUAAUGAAGGAAGAGUCAAGGAUUGACAUCCUAAUCAACAAUGCUGGAAUCUACCAGUGUCCAUACACCAAAUCAGAAGACGGAUUUGAGAUGCAGUUCGCCGUCAAUCAUUUGGGUCACUUCCUGCUCACUAACCUCCUGCUGGAUCUCCUCAAACGCUCUGCUCCUAGCCGGAUUAUUGUAGUGUCCUCCAAGCUCUACAAGUACGGUGAAAUAAACUUUGAUGACCUGAACAGCGAGCAGAGCUAUGAUAAAGCUUUUGCCUAUGCACGGAGUAAACUAGCCAAUCUUCUUUUUACUCUGGAGCUCUCUCACCGACUCGAGGAGACCGGAGUGACAGUAAAUGCUCUCACCCCAGGGAUUGUGCGGACUAACCUGGGCAGGCAUGUCCACAUCCCACUGCUGAUGAAGCCACUAUUUAACCUGGCUUCACGGGCCUUCUUAAAGUCCCCUGAGGAAGGUGCACAGACUUCUAUCUAUCUGGCCUGCUCUCCGGAUGUGGAGGGUGUUCAGGGGAAGUGCUUUGCUAACUGUCAUGAAGAGCAGCUAUUAGCUAAGGCCACAGAUGAGGAGGUGGCCAAGAAACUGUGGGACAUCAGUGAGGUGAUGGUGGGCAUAACAACCUGAAAUCUCAAGACUUAAGAAUUUAAGUCACCUGUCCUUUAUUAUUUCAAAAUCGA